CUUAACUAAACUUGAACACACAUAGUCCCAAAUGUACACAUAGCUUAUCCAACAAUAAAGUACUAAGGCCACAAGUUGGAGAGCAAUGUAUGCCACAGCAAACCGGACCGCCCGGUAACUGUAAACUUCCCCUAUAUUUCUGUAUUUCGUACUUACCCUUGUUUCCCUCCCUGAACUGUAUUUCAUCCCCCUUUCUUAAUAAAAUGUUUAAAAUGUUUAAAACGCACACUCGUUCUCACAGCAGUACGGCGACACUAUGCCUCCCAAAGCAUCAGGAAAGGCUGCCAAGAAAGCUGGCAAGGCACAGAAGGCCAUUGCCAAGGGCGACAAGAAGAAGAAGCGCAGGAGGAAGGAGAGCUACUCCAUCUACAUCUACAAGGUGCUCAAGCAAGUCCACCCAGACACUGGCGUGUCCUCCAAGGCCAUGUCAAUCAUGAACUCGUUCGUGAAUGACAUUUUCGAGCGCAUCGCUGCCGAGGCAUCCCGCCUGGCACACUAUAACAAGCGCUCCACCAUCACCAGCCGGGAAAUCCAGACCGCUGUCCGUCUUCUUCUGCCUGGUGAACUGGCAAAACACGCUGUUUCUGAAGGCACCAAGGCUGUUACCAAGUAUACCUCCUCCAAGUAAACAGGCGGCCA